AUGACAGACGAACAAAUUAAUUUGCUUCCUGGGCGAUCAGCUGGUGCCACCUUUAUACGCAACGAUAUGAUGUACAUUUAUGGUGGAAUCGUUUCUCGCGCUGCGUUGUCAACACAGUUUACAUCAAUUGCCAUCAACGACCAAGAUGGCAGUUUGGUUUACUCGGACGUGCCGCAAACGAUCGCAGUGCCUAUGGCUUAUAGUCAAGCAGUGAUGCUUCCGGACAACAACCGAUUACUCAUGUUUGGCAGCUACACUGAUAAUGCUACCCUGUAUUCGGGCAAACUAUUGGUGUACGACUAUCGAUUUGACCAGCGAGUAUGGCGAACGGCACCAGCACUUCCAUACAACAACGUCACAUUUCCAGUAAACCGUAAAGAGUAUACAGCAACGCUUGGAGCGGACGGCAAAGUAUAUAUAGCCGGCGGUUACAAUUUGGUCAGCGCAAUGAAUGGUGCCGGCUCUUUCAUCAUGGCAGAUAUUUGGAGCUACGAUCCUAACACGGGCCAGUUUGUUGAUCUUUCGCAGUCGCUGCUCCCAAAUUAUAUGAUCGGACACACAGCGAUUGCCAUCCCUGAUAACAAGAUACUUUUUAUCAUGGGAACCAUGGGUUAUCAUGGCCGGACAGACCAUCCACCAAAUCUUACCGAGCUGUGCAACUCUUCACUUGUAUACGGUAUCACUACUAAUAAGUGGAUGCAACAGGAACUUAAUGGUGAUAACGCUCCGUGGCGGAGAGAAAGAGCCAGUGCCAUCCUCGGUCCGGAUAAUUCAACGAUAUACAUCUUUGGAGGUGUUCGGGACUCUUCUGGGAACUUUUACAACCCUUUGGCAAACCUUGCAAUCUUAGACACCACAACAUGGGCAUGGCAACCCGUCGGCAAUGUUGUAUUUGGUAUUCCGCCAACAGCCCGAUAUGAGGCAAAUGCAGCGCUUUUGAAAGGCCAAUACUUCGUUAUAGCCAACGGCAUGUGA